GAGUUUCACUGCUACCUUGCUCAGGCCAGAGAGAGGCACAGAGACUGCCUGCACUGCCAGCUACCAACGACUGGCGCUGUCACUAUUUUCGUUGUGCCACAAUUUGUUUACAUUUUUACUUGUACAAAAGUUACUUAAAUAACUCUGCAAGAUGUCGUACAUGCUACCACAUUUACACAAUGGCUGGCAAGUGGACCAGGCCAUACUCUCCGAGGAAGAUCGUGUUGUGGUCAUACGCUUCGGUCACGAUUGGGAUCCCGCGUGUAUGAAAAUGGACGAGGUGAUGUACAGCAUUGCGGAAAAGGUGAAAAACUUUGCGGUCAUCUAUCUGGUGGACAUCACCGAGGUGCCGGACUUUAACAAGAUGUACGAGCUGUACGAUCCCUGCACGGUGAUGUUUUUCUUCCGCAACAAGCACAUCAUGAUUGAUUUGGGCACCGGCAACAACAACAAAAUCAACUGGCCGCUGGAGGACAAGCAGGAGAUGAUUGACAUUGUGGAGACGGUGUAUCGAGGAGCGAGAAAGGGACGCGGUCUGGUCGUAUCACCCAAGGAUUACUCCACGAAGUAUAGAUAUUAAGGAGGGACUAGGCUGAGCUUAGCUUAAUGUUCGAGUAUCCAACUUUAGGCAUGACAAAUUUACCUCAAAUAUAAUCGAAAUGCAACUUUUGUGUAUAUGUA